AUGUGUGCGAUCUUGAAAGACCAAUGGUUCUUGAGAAACUCAAUUCCGGAAGUCAUAAUCACUGACAACGGAAGCAGUUUCGUGUCGAAAGAGUUUAAGGAACUAUUGGAUCGAUUCAAGAUCACUCACUGGUUAAACUCACGCUAUCACUCACAGGCGAAUCCCGUCGAAAGAGUCAAUAGAACUAUCAAUGCGGCUAUCCGGACAUACGUGAGGGAGGACCAACGUGUUUGGGACACUCGUAUCUCAGAGAUUGAAAUGGUGUUGAAUACUAGUGUUCACUCGUCGACAGGUUUCACACCUUAUUUUAUCACUCGCGGACAUGAGUUCACAGAAGUUGGUACCGAUCAUAUUCUUAUCCGUAACGACGAAACACUAACGGUCAAAGAGUUGGACGAACGGAGAACAAAAAUGUUCGAACGUAUCUACGAACUCGUCCGCAAAAAUUUGGAUAAAGCACACGAAUCCUCUCGAGACCGUUAUAACUUACGUCACCGUAAAUUUUCUAAAUCGUUUAUCGAAGGUCAAAUGGUCUAUCGUAAAAACAUGAAACAAUCUAGCGCAGCGGAACACUAUAAUUCCAAAUACGGUCCAUUGUUUCUACCCUGCCGAAUAAGAUCGAAAAUCGGAACGUCCUCGUAUUAA